AAUCACCCCAUCGAUUCGUGCUUGCAACGCGCGUUGCACGCGUCGCGCCAAAAAACUGUGCCAUGGCAGAGGAAAGCGCUGAGCCUGAGGUGUGGAACGAUCCCUGGGAGGAAGCUUGGCAAGAAGGUGAAGAGGAAGAGGAGGAAGUGAUUGAAGUGGAGGACACCGUCAUCAUCAUUGACAAUGGCUCAGGACUUUGUAAGGUGGGAUAUUCCACUGAAGAGACGCCCAAAUACAUUUUCCCUGAGAUCAUUGGUCGUCCCAGAGCUGUCUGGAAGGACAAGAGCAAGCAGAAAGGUCAACCGCUGAAGGAUUUCUAUUUCGGUGACCAAAUCAAUCCGCAGCUGCAAAGCAAGUUGGCGAUCAAUUACCCCAUGGAGAAUGGGGAGAUUGAGAGCUUUGAAGACAUGGAACGUAUGUGGACGUUCAUCUUUCAAGAAAAGUUGAAGGUGGAUCAGCAGCGUUACCCGGUGCUGCUGACGGAGCCGCCCUACAAUCCCACCGCCAAGCGCGAGAAGAUGGUGGAGGUGAUGUUCGAACAAUUCGAAGUCCCUUCCCUCAACAUCUCAAUCCAGGGUGUCCUGGCCUUAUUGGGCCAGGGGCGCACCACCGGUUUAGUCCUGGACAGUGGCGAGGGCGCCACCCACUGCGUGCCCAUUUACGACGGCUACGGCCUGCCGCACUGCAUCAAUCGCUUGGACCUUGCUGGUAGAGAGUUGAAUACCUUGAUGUGCAAACUCUUGGCCAUGGAGAACAAAUGCCGCCUGACAACUACGGAGCAGCAACACGCAGCUCGACAGAUGAAGGAGGAGUUGUGCUAUGUGUGCCAAGAUCCAUCGAGUGAGGAGGGGGUUGCGGAGUUCAAAGAUUUCCGUUUGCCCAACGGUGACAACAUCACGUUGCAAGAUGAGAGAUGGAAAUGCCCUGAGGCAUUAUUCAACCCGGGCCUUGUCGGCCUUGAAUGUGCGGGUGUGGCUGGCAUGGUCUGGGACAGCAUCAGCAGAUGUGAAGUCGACAUCCGCAAAACCUUGAUGGCCAACGUGGUUCUUUCGGGAGGUUGCACCAUGUUUCCAGGAUUCAGUGAACGCCUCACCAAAGAGCUGAAGAAUUAUGCGCCUGUGGCGGCGCAAUGCGACAUCCGGGUGCUGAAGAGCAAAGAUCAGAUUAGUGCUGUGUGGGCUGGCGGUCAAGUCUUUGCCAGCUUGCGCGAGAUGCAAGAGGACCUUUGGAUGUCCAUCGAUGAUUAUUACGAGCACGGUGCCAGUUUGAUGCAUGAGAAAGUGGCUGUCAAAUACAGCUGAAACCCCUGGUGCGCUGCCGGGGCCGAGGUGUGACAAUGACGUGAGUUUCGAGACCGAGGUGUGCAUACUUCGCGCAUUCGCGCAGUGGCUGCAUGAACCCAUGACGCAGCUGCCGCUCCUCUGUAAAUCACAGCUGCAGAGGUGU